AUGUACUCUCCCAAAACCACAACCCUCCUCCUGGCCCUACUCGCCCACUCGCGGCUCAUCACAGCCCAGUGCCCAGCCGUCUGGACCGACGUAGCCACCGACCUGAAGACAUCAUUCAUCGGCAGCGACGGGGGUUGCACGGAUGAUGCGCGCGCCGCCAUCCGCCUCUCUUUCCACGACUGCUUUCCCGGAUCCUGCGACGGCUCCAUCAUCCUCGCGGGCGAGUGCACAGACCGCGGCGAGAACGCGCAGAUGAAAGACAUCUGCUCGAUCCUCGGCGACAAGGCCACGGACUUCGGCGUUGGUACUGCUGAUCUGAUACAGUUUGCUGCUGCAUUCGGCAUAGCCUCAUGUCCCGGCGGCCCCAAAAUCGCGGUCAAAGUCGGACGGACCGACUCCUCCGUCGCGAACGCCGCGGGGCAGAUGCCCGGCGCCAACGACGACGCGGACUCGAUCGUCGCCGCGUUCGCCGCCAAGGGGUUUUCGAUCACGGAGCUGGUGGCGCUGAUGGGCGCGCACAGCACCGCCAAGGACCUCAACGGCAACGCGCUCGACACCACCGUCGAGGACAUGGACAGCACGUUCUACACCGAGACGGCGGACGGCACGGCGCCCGCGAGUUUGAACAGCGACAAAAACCUCAGUAACUCGACGCAGACGAGCUCCGAGUGGGAGGCAUUUGGAGCCGAUUCGGAGGCGUGGAUGGCGGCUUUCGUGCCUGCGAUGGAGAAGAUGGCCUUACUUGGUAACGACGCGGCGAGCUUGACGGAUUGCUCGAGUGUCCUGACGGAUGCUUUCGCGUGA